CCUGAUAGUGAUGCCUUCAGACCAGAGUACAUGGCUGAUAUCAGCACCUCAUGACGGUGACUCAGAGGAUAUCCUACAGGAGUUGACAGGCAAGAUUCAGCAGCAAAGCCGUUCAUUUCCACCUAGGAAUAUCUCUGAGUUCGGAAUCCCGUCAUUCAAGACAGGCACGCUCGAUCUUCUUGUGACUCUGUCUGAGGACCUUCCGAAGCAGGACACGUACUUUACAUCGGUUGUGGCGAAGAUCGUCGACACGCUCCGGAAUCUCUUAAACAACGAUCCUCAGAAGCUGAGCCAGCACACGCUUGUAGACGAGCGCCCUGUGGAGAGCUACAUACUUCAGGAUUGGAGGUGGAAUGAGGGUCGGUACAGUGCACAGAAGAGUGCAAAGGAGAUCGCCGACACCCUGAGUAAGGAGCUGUCGUCAAUAGACAACGUCAUGAAGGCGAAGCUGAAUAACUAUAACUUGGCGAAGGGCCAAUUGGUACAAUUACAGAGGAAGCGAACAGGAAAUUUAUCUGUGCGCUCACUUGUAGACAUUGUCUCAAAGGACGAUAUAAUUGAGGGUUCCGAAUUCUUGGAAACAGUAUUUGUCGCGAUUCCAAAAGCACUUGUAAAAGAUUGGAAGUUGAAAUACGAACGUAUUUCACCUAUGGUCGUCCCGCGAUCUGCGAAUCUAAUUGACUCAGACGAUGAAUACUCCUUGUUCGGUGUCGUAAUAUUCAAGCGUGUACGGGAUGAAUUCUCGCAGAAGUGCAGAGAGAACAAGUUCAUCGUACGAGACUUCGUAUACACGGACGAACUUGCCGCCAAACACCAACAAGAACUCGACCUCGCCGGAACGACAGAGAAAGAACUAUGGACUGAGCUUUUGCGUAUCUCGCGAACAAACUUCUCCGAGGCCUUCAAGUUGCUUGUACACUUGAAGGUUCUCCGACUAUUCGUGGAGAGCGUCCUUCGUUAUGGUCUUCCAGCGAGUUACAUCGGGAUUGCAAUUCUGCCUGAACCAAAAUCGCAAAAGAAGAUCCUCCAAGUACUAAAUGGGCACUUCGCAUAUCUUGCACCUCGUUCAAACAGCGCACGGACGAAGGUUAAGGCAGGUACAGGGGGUGAAGAGUUCUUAGGAGAAUAUCAGACCCUCAUGGAACAAGAAUUCUUGGACUAUGUUAUCUUUGAUGUGCCAUGGAUUGUAAACUAAACUCUACUGCCCUUUUUUCUUUGAUGCAUAUAUUAUAUAACAUUGUAUUUUAAAUG